AAUAACAGGCCAAGUUGCCCAGAAUUUACCAAGACACACUCUUAGGAGGUGAGCAGAGCACGCAACACCCUUUAUCGAGUGACGACGCCACAGCAAAAUCUCUAGGCAUACUAAGCUAGCACCAGUAGUAAACAACAGAGCAGAGAAAGAAUAUAAAUUCUUUGAAGGGAGAGGUAACUGUAGUAGGGGAAAUGGAUGUCGAGUCCUCGAGGCAACAAGGUCCCAAAGGGGACUCCAACUCCAUGGCCGCCGCCUCUGAGGUCUCUGUUGACUGGAGGGGCAGGCCCUGCAAGCCUCACAAGCAUGGAGGCAUGAAAGCUGCUGUGUUUGUCCUAGGGAUCCAAGCGUUUGAGAUCAUGGCGAUCGCGGCGGUGGGCAACAACCUCAUCACCUACGUGUUCAACGAGAUGCACUUCCCGCUGUCCAAGUCGGCCAACAUCGUCACCAACUUCAUCGGCACCAUGUUCCUGCUCUCCCUGCUCGGCGGCUUCCUCUCGGACUCCUACCUCGGCAGCUUCUGGACCAUGCUCAUCUUCGGCUUCGUCGAGCUCUCCGGGUUUAUACUGCUGGCGGUGCAGGCGCACCUGCCGCAGCUGCGCCCGCCGGCGUGCGACAUGAGGGCGGCCGGGCAGUGCGAGGAGGUGGGCGGGGUGAAGGCGGGCAUCUUCUUCGCCGCGCUCUACCUGGUGGCGCUGGGAAGCGGGUGCCUCAAGCCCAACAUCAUCGCGCACGGCGCCGACCAGUUCCGCCGCGACGGCGAGGAGGGCGCCGUCGAUGGCGGGAAGCGCCUCUCCAGCUACUUCAACGCGGCCUACUUCAGCUUCUGCGUGGGCGAGAUGGUGGCGCUCACCGUGCUCGUCUGGGUGCAGACACGGUCCGGGAUGGACGUGGGUUUCGGGGUCUCCGCCGCUGCCAUGGCCGUCGGCCUUGUCAGCCUCGUCGCCGGCGUCUUCUUCUACAGGAACAAGCCACCGCAGGGCAGCAUCUGCACGCCGAUAGCAAAGGUCUUCGUGGCCGCCGUAGCCAACAGGAAGCAAGUGUGCCCAUCGUCCAUGGCCACACUACAGGACAUCGCCUGCACGGGUGCACAUGAGAUAUGUCUCAACACCACCAACAUCUGCCGCAUCAAUAAGUUCAGGUUCUUGGACAAAGCGUGCUUGAAGGCGCAGGACGGUGGCAACAAGGACAGCGGGUGGGGUCUGUGCACGGCGGCGGAGGUGGAGCAGGUGAAGGUGCUGCUGUGCGUGGUUCCCAUCUUCGCGUGCACCAUCGUCUUCAACACGAUCCUCGCGCAGCUUCAGACCUUCUCGGUGCAGCAAGGGAGCGCCAUGGACACCCGCCUCGCCGCCAACUUCCACGUCCCGCCGGCGUCGCUCCAGGCCAUCCCCUAUGUCAUGCUCAUCGCGCUCGUCCCGGCCUACGAGGCCGUCUUCGUGCCCACCGUGCGCCGCUUCACGGGGGUCGGCACAGGCAUCACGCCGCUCCAGCGGAUCGGGGUCGGCCUCUUCACCGUCACCUUCUCCAUGGUGGCCGCCGCGCUGGUCGAGGCCCGCCGCCGCCACUCCUCCGUCUACGGAGAUGGGCGGGCGCUCUCCAUCUUCUGGAUCGCGCCGCAGUUCCUGGUGUUCGGGCUGUCGGAGAUGUUCACGGCCGUGGGGCUCAUCGAGUUCUUCUACAAGCAGUCGCUCUCCGGCAUGCAGGCCUUCCUCACCUCCAUGACCUACUGCUCCUACUCCUUCGGCUUCUACCUCAGCUCCGUGCUGGUGUCGCUCGUCAAUAGGGUGACCUCGAGGAAUGGCGGCAAUGGCUGGCUCAGCAACAACGACCUCGACAAGGACAGGCUCGACCUCUUCUACUGGCUCCUGGCCGCGCUCAGCAUCCUCAACUUCUUCAACUUCCUCUUCUGGUCGAGGUGGUACUCCAACAGCGUCGACACGGUGCAGGUUGCCGGAGUUGGAGGCGAUGGCGGCAGUGAGCAGGAGGAUGAGAAGGGUUCUGCGUGAACAGUACGCAUUGGUCUCUGGAAAGUGGGGCCGGCCAGAUAUAUAUAGUACAUUAGUGGAUUAUAUUAAUCAAUUAACUUUCCGUAGUUUAAAACCUUUUAUCUACGUACCUAUACGUGUGGUUUUGCCUUGUAUCGGAAGUAGUGUGUAGACGUGUGUAUGUGUCUCAUCGACUAAUUAAGGAAGCGUUGGACAUGUUGUUAGUUAACUACUCCUGGGCGGCCAGGUUAAAGGGUGCGUAAUGGUGCAACACCUGCAGCAUGAGCAGUUGUGGGUAGGCAACUAGGGAUCAAGUAAUCAGUCUUGCAUUAGUCUCAGCUGGUUAUCAUGUACAGUAUUAAGAAGGCUAUGUAAAUAGUAAAUGAUUGGCCAGGAAAA